AAAGCCGUUGCUCGCGUGUGCUAUAACGUGCAGCUCAGUGACUGACUGCUGCUCUGCUGCCGCUUGGUCGGUUCAGCGUCGCUGCCAUCGGUUACGGAGUUUCAGUAGUAGCGAGCUCGCGCUCAGAGGCGCAUCUACCUCCGCGUAAACACACACAAACACACACACCAAAAAACACAUGAACGUCAUACAGCUCCGACUUUAGUGCAGUCGUGCAGUGCAGUACACACGGUAGUAGCAGCUCGAUACAUAUACGUAUCGAGAGAGAGAAAGAGAGCGCGAAGCAGAAAAGUAAAAAUAAAAUAAAAAGAAACCAUAGCCGUUUCGGAGUGCAGCGGAGCUAUAAAGUAUACACACAGAGAAGGCGAAAUGCACCAGUGUCCACGGUGGUGCGAGCUCGUAGUAUCAAGGACUCGAUGCAGCUUACUACAACUGCAGUUAUAACUGCUGAGUUUUCCGCGGUGUCGAGAGCUUCUUGUUAUCGUGAUCGUUAUUUUGUUGUUUAGUGUCGUCGUUGUUUGUUGUUUAGUGUUGCUGUUUACGUUGUGCGCGUUCGAUGAUAUCGAGGUGCAGCGAGUAAAAAAUCCAUUUGCUCCUUUUUUCGUCCGUGUCUGUAUCAAUUCACGUAUCAUCGUCUAAGCUCUCAAACGUGUGCAGUGUGUAGCGUGUAUCUGUGCUACUGCUGACUGCUGUUAUGCCAGUCAAAGUGCGAAAAGAGAGAGAGAAAGUGAUUAUCUUCAAUUUACACACGUGUGUAUAGUAUCACGAUCAGAAGAGGAACCCCCGCACGUACAUCGUAUUAAACAUAAAUAUAAAGAAGAAGCAAAAUAAUGAGUGCGGUUUAUAAGUGAGCCGUUGGCCUGUAAAAAGAGGUGCAGAGCAGGCUCGAAAACUGCGGGGCCCCCGAAUUGCCCUCGCGCCCUCCCCUUCCCGCGUCAAUUCAAUGAGAGCCGACGAGAUCAUCCUGCCAGACAUGGCCUCGGUCAAAGUGGCCGUUAGAGUACGGCCCUUUAAUAAGAGGGAGCUCGAUAUGAACGCCAACCUGAUCGUACAAAUGGAAGGCCAGCGGACUCGGAUCUUAAACACAAAGACUCCGAGCAGCGCAAGGGACAUGGACAGAGAGAAAUACAACGAUUUUACAUUCGAUCACUCGUACUGGUCGUUCGACGAUGGGGACGAACAUUACGCAACGCAAGAUCAGGUCUUUUCCGAUCUCGGAACGGAAGUCGUCGACAGUGCCUUCGAAGGCUACAACGCCUGCGUGUUCGCCUAUGGUCAAACUGGUUCGGGCAAAACCUUCACGAUGAUGGGUACACCGGAAUCGCAAGGACUGAUACCGCGAAUCUGCAAGCAGCUGUUCGCGCGGAUGGCCGCGGGCAAGGAGAGCGGCGCCUCCUACCGCACCGAGGUCUCCUUCCUCGAGAUCUACAACGAGCGGGUGCGCGACCUGCUGCGCCCCGAGGAUACGACCUCGCACAUAUUGAGAGUGCGGGAGCACCCCUCGAAGGGGCCCUACGUCCAGGGCCUGUCGAAACACUUGGUCUACGAUUACUCGAAUAUACAGGAAUAUAUGCUUCGGGGAAACACGCACAGAACGACGGCCAGCACGAACAUGAACGACGUGAGCAGUCGCAGCCACGGCAUAUUCACGAUAACCUUCGUGCAGGCCGGCUUCAACGAGAACAACAUGCCAUCCGAGACGGUGUCCAAGGUGCAUCUGGUCGAUUUGGCCGGCAGCGAACGAGCCAACGCAUCGGGCGCCACGGGCCAGCGUUUGAAGGAGGGCGCCAGCAUCAACAAGUCCCUGGUUACCCUGGGCUCGGUGAUCUCGUGCCUGGCCGAGCAAUGCCUCAACGCCAAGGAUCCCGCGGGCAGCAAAAAGACCUUCUUCAUACCGUAUCGCGACAGCACCCUCACGUGGCUGCUCAAGGACUCCCUGGGCGGCAACUCCAAGACCAUCAUGAUCGCGGCGAUCUCGCCGGCGGACUGCAACUACGUCGAGACCCUGAGCACGCUGCGCUACGCCAAUCGCGCCAAGAACAUCAUCAACAAGCCGACCAUCAACGAGGAUCCCAACGUCAAGCUGAUCAGGGAGCUGCGCGACGAGAUACAGAAGCUCAAGUCCCUCAUCGGCAAAGAUGUCGUGAGUUCUUCUCCCUCAUGUAGCGCAUGUAAUAGCAUCGAGAGGCCACAGAUACUGCUCGCUCAAAUACACGAGAAGCAGGAGCAGGAAAAAGUGCUCACCGAGGAAUGGGCGGAAAAGUGGCGAGAGACCCAGCAGAUCCUGUCGGAGCAGCGGGCGCUGGGCCUGCGCAAGAGCGGCGUCGGCGUCGUGCUCGACUCGGAGAUGCCGCAUCUCGUUGGCAUCGACGACGACCUGCUCAGCACCGGCGUGACCCUGUAUCACUUGAAGGAGGGCAGAACGUUGAUCGGCAGCGUGGAAUCGCACAUAGAACAGGACAUCAAUUUGACCGGCGUGGACGUCGAGCCGGAGCAUUGCAUCGUCGAGCUCGAGGGCGGCGUAGCCACCCUGCAUCCGCUCUCGCCCCAGUGCUGGAUCAACACGGCCCAGGUGGACAAGCCGACGCGCCUCUCGCAGGGCUGCAUCAUACUUCUGGGCCGCAACAACAUGUUCCGCUACAACGACCCGGCGGAGGCCGCGAAGUUGCGCAAAGAGGGCGGCCUGGGCAACGGCAAGGCCAAUCUGUCGAGGCUGUCGCUGCUCAGCUGGAGCGUCUCGGAUCUGCACGUCUCGUCCUCGAGCGACAACCUGUUGAACUCGUCCGAGGACCUGCGGGCGUACGAGGAGCUCGAGAUCCAGAAGGCGGCCCUCAUGAAGGAGAGAGAAGACUUCAAAAGAGAACAGGAGGAGCGAGAGGAGCGCUGGACUGCUCGCCGCGAGGCCCUCGAGGUGGCGCAGCGCGAGCUCGAGCGCGAGUGGGGCGUCCAGUGGCGCGAGUGGGCCGCCGGCAUCGCCGCCCUCGAGUCGCGCCAAAGAGAACUGCGCGAAAGAAGGCUUGCCCUUGAGAACGAGCGCCGCGACGAGAUGACCCAAGUAGAAAGUUUGAGUAGGGAAGUUGCCUCUCUGCGCACUACGCUACAGUCCAAGCAUCGUCAGUUUCAAGACCUCGUGAAUCGCCAGCGACGAAAUUCAGAACAGACGGAGGAAGGCGCGACGAGCGAUGGCAGUCCGCCGGAAUCUUGGUCGAGCUUCAACGAGGACAAAUCGAAAAAACUGUCGGCAUUGAAAAUGGAACUGCAGAACAACAUGAAGACCUUGAACGAUCGCCAGAGCAAGAUCGACAGACUGAACGAGGAACUGCAGGAUCUCGAGGAAAAACAAAAGGAGCUCAAUGACUUGGAGAAGGAAGGACUGUACGAGAAGAAGCUGCUGCUGGCCGCUCGCUCGCAGGAGCAGCUCGAGGAGAUAAUCCGUCGCAAGCGCAGCCUGUCGCUCAACAUCAAGCGUGCCUGUCUACCUGCAACUCCAUCGUCAACGACCACGACGAGUUUCGAGGUCGCGUCGACCACCACCACGACCAACGACGAGUUCUACGACGAGUCGCUGACCAACAACGAGGCGCCGACUACGCCCACCCUGUCGAACGGCAUGAUCCUCACGGAGGACGAGGACGACGUCAUCGUUAACGGCAACGACGACGACGGCGACGACGAGAAUCACAACAACAAUCGCAAGCGAAAGAUCGCCGCGAGCCUCGAUCUGGUUCUGUACAGCGAUCCAGUGCCGAGCCCCGACACGGCCGAGACCUUUCACACUGCCGCGGCCGACUCGCCCCGGUUCUUGGACGCCAAAGAUGAGGAAGUUGAACUUGACUUCAAGACCUCGAUCGACGAGGUCAAGGAGUUCGCUGAUAAAUCCAAGCAGGAGAACGGACACGCCAGCGACGACAAGGAGGAGUCGAGUAAAAAUGGAGAAACGACGCUAUCGACCGCUUCGACACAGCCGCUGGAAAAUAACAAAGCCAAGGAUGAACGAGCAGCGUCGCCGAUUCCAUCGCCCGAGGAUCAGCUGAGACGCGAGCAGGCGGUGCUGGAGCGCAGCGCGACGAUGAAGCGCCUCAAUCAGAAGAUAGCUCGUCAGCGUCUGCUGGUGAUGAAGUGCCUCGAGGCCUCGCCGCCGUCCAAGGACGAGCUGAAUCGUCAGAUAGCCGCGCUGCAGGAUCUGCAGAGGCAACAGAUCGAGCUGGAGGUGUCGCUGCUCGAGCAGGAGCGCAAAACCAAUGGCACUAGUAGACGCGAGCUGACGACAGCUUCGAACACGGCCGACGACAUCGAGAACAACGAUGUUGCAUCACCGAAACGCGAGCAGCAGCAACCGCCGAACGACGCCACGACGCAAUCGAUGAGAUCUUGCAACAGUACCUUCAGCUUGGCGAGAUCGAGACAAGCGAGCAACAACGACGACAGGCGAAGCGCUAACAGAACGCCUCAGGGUCGAGGUUACUCUUCUGUUUACUUGACCAGUCAGAAUCGCGGCGAUCGGCUCACCAGUCCGUACUCCCUUCAACUGACGCGCUCACUGCCGUCGCUAGUCAAUACGAACGGCGGCGAGGCCGUGGACAACAUCAUCGACAUCAUCGUCAGUGUGCCGUCCUACGUGGUCCGAGGUGCUGGCACCUCCAGCCACUACGAGUACGAGGUCAGGGUCGUGGCUUGCGACGACAGCUGGACGCUGCUGCGUCGCUAUCGGCGCUUCCGCGAGCUCUACGUCUCGAUGCGACAGAAGUACGGCAACAAGGUGUCGAACAUCAGAUUCCCGCCGCGUCAGGUGUUCGCCCGCUACGAGGUGAUAGCCCGACAGCGUCGCAAGCGCCUCGAGGAAUAUCUGCGCCGACUCAUCCAGGUCUGCUCGGAGCUGCCGAGCUGCGAGCCGCUCUACAAGUUUCGCGGCAAUCUCGCCGAGAUCGACAAGCAGUCGCUGCUCGAGUUCAGCCCGUUCUUUCGCAGGGGCACGUUCGAGAGCAGCAAGUAUGGCACUAGUUAAACGUUGCAUAAUUCAGAAAAAAGAGAGAGCCGCGUGUUUUUGAUGGCCGUCCAUUAUUGUACUAUUACCGAUUAUUUGUGUAUGGAUGUGUGUGUACAUUAUGCUACUAUUAAUUGCGAUGUAUGAUUUAUAUUAUUAUUUAACAAUGCGUAAUCGCGUACGAUGCGCAGGAAAGUUUAUAUACCAAAGUUAAGAUUUAUGAGCUGAAGAGGCUUCUAAUUGUUGAUGAAAAUUAAGUAAGAUCGCGUUGACGAUGAGAAAAUUUUAAGCGCGCAACAAUCGUCGAUUGAAAUUUAUGCGAUUGAAUUCGAGUAGUAUUAUUGCGGGCAAUACAUUCGAUCGAGAACAAAAUGUGAUACGUUUCUUUUUGUAAAAAGGUAAUUAAUUUUUAUUUUGCAUAAGUUUUUUCCAUCAGAAAUUCUGAUUGAAUAUAGUUUAAUGUAAGUUAGGUUAAUUAUAAAAUAUUUAUUAAAUUUUCACGAUUUUCUUUGAAUGAAAAAAAAUCGUUGAAAGUGAUUUGUUUUUUAUACGAUAAACGCAUGAAAUGCAGAAUUUGAUUUCCCGCCGAAACAUUAUCUAGCUGACAUUGAUAAUAAUCAUCAUUUGUGAUUUUAUUGCUACACAGAUGACGAUGACUGAUAAACUCGAGUUAUAUAUAUAUCAGUAGAUAGGGAAAUAAUUGGAAUAUCGAUGUGUACUGGUGAAACCGUCGAGCAAUCGAUUUUAGUACGUGUUACAAUAUAAGAAUUCUCUCUUAUAACUAGCUCGAUCACACUAACAAUAGAAAAACAAACAAAAAUAAUAUAAAUGAUGCUAUUAACGCUGAUAACAAUAGAACUAUGUUAAGCUACAUAACGUCAAUUUAUUCGUCACCGAUAAAAAAAAGGCGCUACGAUUUUUUUCGAAUGCUUUAUGAAAAUAAAUAUAAAUAUCUGAUAAAUAAUAUACAAGUCAGAUCGAAAUUGGCUUAAAACUUGUGUACUUUAUAAUAAUGCAUUUAUAGAAAAUCGUAUUUAAUAAAGAGCAAAACAUGAACGAUAUUCUAAACAAAAAUUUGUAAACCUAAACUUGAAUCAUAUCUCAAAGGCAUAAUCAGUGCUAAGCAAUUGAAAUGACAAUUUCUGUAAGCAUCUAUGACUUUGCGUUUGAUGCAAAGUCAUAGUAUGCCGAAAUGAAAAUUUAUAAAAUGUUCAAUGUAAUACCGAGCGGAAGCUUCAAUCUAAUAUCUCAUAUAUUCUCAUGGCUGUGUAAACGUACUUCUAAAGAAAGAGACGAACAUGGAUUGUAAAAAACAAAAUAAUAAAGUCAUAUCAUGUGGAAGCUGUUGAACUUUAUGGAAAUGACAAGAUAUCAUUUUUAAAAAACUAAUGAUAUAAGCGUUUGAUAAGAUGCGUUAAUUUGUGUUUUUUUAUAUGUAAAAUGAAAUAUGCGAAAGAUUGAGAGAUUCUGUACAAGCAGUGAAAAACAAUAAACUAUAAUUGUAGCUACUGCA